AUGGCCACGCAAGACUCGCGCAGUAUCCUCUUUACACAUACUCGCCCCCAGCAGGGGUUCCGGUUGCUGGAAUUGACCCCAGAGCUGGAAGAACUACUGACAUCGAAAGAUGCCCCAGCACUCGAACUCAAAUCCCCCUCAACAGCCCUCGCCCAAGCAGUAAUCGACCCAAGCGCACAAGACUACGUAAACCUCUGCACACCAACACAAACCUACCGAAUCCGCCAAGUCCAAUCCUCAAACUCAAUCCACAUCCUCCGCCCCAGCAAUGGCGAGAUCUCAAAAGCAGACAUAAAAGUCGUCGAAGAAGAAGCCGGCGAAGAAGGAACCCUAAACCUGCCCGACGAAGCAGUCACCACAAUCGCAAAAUGCUCCUCAACACUAGAACUGCACAUCCCACCCGGCGGAUUCUCCGCAAUCCCAUUCCUAGAAAAGAGCCUGCGGCUGUAUGACCGUCGCAGUGAUGAUGACGACGGAGAUGUAGCGAUGGGUGAUUCUGCCGCGUCAAUGGACCCUCUAGAUGCUGCUGCUGUGCGAAAGGUUAGGGACGGGGUUUGGGUGGAUAUACCUGUGUCGCGGGCGCAGUGUGAAUUGGGCUGGAUGGAGCUUUGUGCGUUUGUGGAUGCUGGCGAGGAGGUCGGGUGUUGGCGGCCUUCGGCGCGAGCGCGCUUAGGUGUUUGGAGGCGGUUGGUUGAAGGGGCUGUUUUGCAGGGGAUUGAUCUUGAGAAACAGUUCCUUGUGGGGGAUUUGUGGAAGCGGAUUUGUGUUGUUGAUGAGCGGCCUGCUUUGGCGGAUGAGGUCAAAUGGGCAAGCUUUGAUAAGGUUGAGUGCGCGCAGUGGGUUGGGGAGACAUAUUUAGCUGCUACUGCGCCGGGGGCUUCGUCUGCUAUUGGGAGAAGCGACUUCCUUCGUGCGUGGAAGGAUUGUCUGCCUGAAUCGUGGAGAGGAGAGGCCGUGUUGUCCAAGUUGACCAAUGGUUGCUACAAGAGUCCUGACCCUACGACUAUACAUUUUGUCGAGUCCUUCCAGCGGGAGCAGACCAGCAAGGCUGCUCCUACUGGGCCAGCUGCAGCUUCAAAGGUUAAGAAUACAAGAAAUUGGCACGAGUUGCUUAAAGCCCACCGCUGA